AUGGUUAUGCCGUUUGAUCGUCUGAUCAAUGGUGGUUGCAGCGGGGUAUCUGUUCCUCGUCGACCUCUUCCUGGUGGUACAAGAUUACUUAAGUAUUGGCAAGUACAAAAACAAGUGGCGUAUUCCUAUAUAAAUCAAGAAUUACUGGCCCUGGUGAGAGCCGGUAUCGUGCACUUGGCAUAUAUACCCGAUCCACAGGUAAUAUGUACAAAAACCACGGCAAGUUUUAUGGUACAAAGUAAAGAUAUGAACCAUCAAAUAUUUGCCGAUGUUCUAAUCAAAGGAAUGGUUGAACCAUUUUAUCCUGAACGAGAUGAUUCAUUAUUGAUUAAAAACAUGUUACAAAACAGACUCAUUCGCCCAUUUCGAAAUGGUAACUUUCAUCCAGGUGGCAUCGAUAUUGAUAAAUAUCACAAUGUCGUUGAUGGAAACGGUGCAUCCAUUCGAAAUUUGUGGGCACUAGGCAACAUUGCUGAAGGACCAAACUUUUACACAUACGUUUUGCCUCGUCCAUUGGCUAAUUCACAAGCUGUGCAGGAUGCGGGGAAAUGCGUUUCAAAUAUGCUUUCACUACUUGACGAACGACAUCGUGAAUGA